UUGUAUCACUCUUCAUAUUUUGGCGAAGGUAUCACACGAUAAUGUCGCGUCCCGCCAGAGACGGACUGCUUCGGAAACAUUGCUGGUAACAGGGAGAAGGGAGAUAGAGCAGAGCGGACAUGGCCGUUGUUGUCGCUCAGUACCACAGAGCUGCCGUGUCGUGGGUCUGGGGUCACUUUGUACCGAAGCUGAAUGGAGUUUUUGCUAUUGGACACUGUGUACUGGCCUAGCUAAGCACCACGAGUAACAACAACUCCGCUGGAGAGACUGUGUAACACGAUGCUCCCGCUUUAACUAGAGGAUAAAUCUUAUAUCUGGAUUGGCUUUAUCGGUCACCGCCACCACCACCAGCACCAGCACCAUGUCUGACCAGAACUACUACUGGACCGUGUUGCCGAGCUACAAAACUAGUUUUGUGACUGGGGCCAUGAUGAAAAGAUCAAAAAGUUCCCGUAACAACAAGAGAAGGAGCUUGGCGGUUGGGACCCCGUCGCCCACGCUCUCACGACCGCUUUCACCUCUCCCACUUGCCACAGCUGGCAGCAGCCCUUCAGAAAGCCCCAGAAAUGUCUCUGCCAGCACCUCUGCCAACUUUCAGUUUGCCCGCAGCCAACUGGCCCGCACUGAAAGAGCGGAUGGACGAAGGUGGUCUGUGGCCUCAGUUCCCUCAUCUGGAUACUGCACCAAUGCACCCAGUUCAUCAGUAUCUUCCUCUUCUUCCCAGGAGUUAUUGCACCAGUUGCCCUUCCAGCCCACACAAGAUGAUCUCCACUUCCUGUUCAAGCAUUUCCGGAGUACAGAGAGCGUGGCAGAUGAAGAAGGAGCACACCCCUCGCCCCCUGUCAGGCUCCGCUCACGCAGUCUCAGCCCUGGACGGACAUGUGGAACAUUUGACAAUGAGAUUGUCAUGAUGAAUCAUGUCUACAAAGAACGCUUUCCUAAGGCGACAGCCCAGAUGGAGGGUCGGCUGCUCGACAUCAUUGCAGAGUGUUCCCCAGACACUGCUCUGCCCCUGGCUGAUGGUGUGCUGGGAUUCAUUCAGCACCAACUGGUUGAACUUGCCAGAGACUGUCUGGACAAGUCCCAGAAAGGCCUGGUCACCUCUAGGUACUUUGUGGAGCUACAGGAGAAGCUGGAGAAGUUGCUGCAUGAGGCGUACGAGCGUUCAGAGAGCGAGGAGGUGACCAUCAUCACCAAACUGGUCAAGAAGAUUCUCAUCAUCAUUUCCAGGCCUGCCAGGCUCCUGGAGUGUCUGGAGUUUGAUCCGGAGGAGUUUUACCAGCGUUUGGAAGCUGCAGAGGGUCAAGCCAAGGUGGGCCAGGGCAUCAAGACUGAUAUUCCCAGAUACAUCAUCAGCCAGCUCGGUCUCACCAGGGAUCCCCUGGAAGAGAUGGUCCAUCUGGAGCAGACAAGUCCGAGUCACAGGUCGGCCAGCAGGGAGUCUGAUGACACUGGAGACACAACACCGACACAGAGCCGAGCAGCCUGCACCCCUCCUCGCAGGAAACCACUGGAGAGUGACUUUGAGACUAUCAAGCUCAUUAGCAAUGGCGCCUAUGGGGCCGUAUUUCUGGUGCGCCACAAAGAUACUCGUCAACGUUUUGCCAUGAAGAAGAUCAACCGGCAGAACCUGAUUCUUAGGAACCAGAUCCAGCAGGUGUUUGUGGAGCGAGACAUCCUAACCUUUGCUGAAAACCCGUUUGUGGUCUCUAUGUUCUGCUCAUUUGAGACACGGAGGCACCUCUGCAUGGUCAUGGAGUAUGUGGAAGGUGGGGAUUGUGCAAACCUGUUGAAGAACAUUGGCCCUCUGCCUGUGGACAUGGCACGGAUGUAUUUUGCAGAGACUGUCCUGGCGUUAGAGUACCUUCACAACUAUGGCAUCGUACACAGAGACCUCAAACCUGACAAUUUGUUAAUCACCUCCAUGGGACACAUUAAGCUGACGGACUUUGGACUGUCAAAGAUUGGUCUUAUGAACAUGACCACCAACUUGUAUGAAGGACACAUUGAGAAAGAUACCAGAGAGUUCAUCGACAAACAGGUGUGUGGGACUCCAGAGUACAUUGCUCCAGAGGUGAUCCUGAGGCAAGGCUAUGGGAAGCCUGUGGACUGGUGGGCCAUGGGCAUUAUCCUUUAUGAGUUCUUAGUGGGCUGUGUGCCGUUCUUUGGAGACACACCAGAACAGCUUUUUGGGCAGGUGGUUAAUGAUGAGAUCAUCUGGCCAGACGGGGAGGACGCUCUGCCAACUGAUGCCCAGGACCUUAUCACCAGACUGCUGAGACAGAGUCCUCUGGAGCGUCUGGGAACAGGUGGAACCACUGAAGUGAAGAUGCAUAUGUUUUUUCUGGGUUUGGACUGGAAUGGGCUCCUGAGGCAGAAAGCUGAAUUCAUACCUCAACUAGAGACUGAAGAGGACACCAGUUACUUUGACACCCGAUCAGAGCGCUACUGUCAUCUGGGCUCAGAUGAUGAUGAAACCAACGAUGAUGAAUCAUCUCUGGAGCUCCGACAGUUCUCCUCUGUAGCCCACCGCUUCAGCAAGGUGUACAGCAGCACGGAGCACCUGUCCACCUCCACGCCGUCCAACCAGAGCCUGUCGUCAUCGGAGCGAAGCCACAGCGAGGAGAAGGAGGAGCGAUGGGAGGGCAGGGGAGUCCUUUCCCCUGGCGACGGGCACAAGCACUUGGCUAGUGGAGACAGGAGGGCAGAUGGACACAGAGGGAGUCUGCGUCCUCGUGCUUCAUCCAGUUCCUCACAGUCAGAGCGCAGUGCCAGCCCACUGGUGAUGAACAGCACCCAGAGCCUCGACGUCAUGCCUCGCUUCGCCAUCUCUGCAGAGGAGGAGGAUGAGAUGGUUUCCAACCUGCGUCGCAUUCGUCUCCGGAGCAACAGCACGGGGACCAGGCCGUCAUUCAGGAGAGGGGCCUCCCGACGCAUUGCCCAUCAGCUUGAGACCCCAGAGAAACCCAGAUCCCCAGCUGGCAAAGUGCCCAAGUCUGCCUCUGUCUCUGGCCUCUCUCUCAUCAUCACCCCAGACGACUCAGCUGGUCCUCCCACGAGCCCCAAAUCUUCCUUGUCCCUUUCGUCCAACCCCUCGUCCAGAGACUCGUCUCCCAGCCGGGACCUGUGUGUCAGCAUCAGCUCCCUCAGGCCUCCCGUGGUCAUCCACAGCUCUGGGAAGAGGUUUGGCUUCGCUCUGCGAGCUAUCAGGGUCUACAUGGGAGACAGUGAUGUCUACACUGUCCACCACAUGGUCUGGUGUGUUGAGGAGGGCAGUCCAGCACACGAGGCAGGAUUGAGGGCCGGUGACCUCAUCACCCACGUCAACGGCGAGACGGUCCAGGGACUCGUGCACACUGAGGUGGUGGAGCUCCUGCUCAAGAGUGGCAACAGGGUGACCUUGCAGACGACAGCACUGGAGAACACUUCUAUCAAGGUGGGCCCUGCCAGAAAGGCGAGCUACAAGGCCAAGAUGGCGCGGCGCAGCAAGAAGAGCAAAAGGAAGGACGGACAGGACAGUAGACGACGUAGCAUCUUGAAGAAGCUGUCAAAGCAUACACCUCCUCCGCCCAUGCAGAGCAGUCGUAGCUUCUCUUCAGGGUUCCACCAGUCGUCUAGUGACAGCCUCUCUGGUUCCCCCACGCAGAGUCUCUCUCCUGGGCCUUCCACACCUUGCCGCUCCCCUGCUCCUGACCACUCUGGAGAUUCGAGUUCUUCUCCUUGCUCCAGUUCCCCUAACUCACCUGUACCACAGGCCCGUCCCAGUUCCCUACAUGUUUUGGGUCGCUACACCAAAGCUGGCCGCUGCAAGUCCACCAGCAGUAUCCCUCCUUCACCGCUGGCGUGCAUCCCACCUCCUCAGCCUCUCUCUCCCCAGUGUUCUCCAUCUUGCCUCCCCAGUCACCCCAAGUCCCUGCAGGGUUUCCAUGGCAAAACACUGUCCCCUCCCACUAUUGCUCGCCAUUCUGUGCGUCCCCGCAGCGCAGAACCGCCACGCUCACCGCUCCUCAAGAGGGUCCAGUCAGCAGAGAAGCUAACAGGUGACAAGACAACAGGAGGUUACCACGGAGAUAGAAAGGCUUACAGCACCCGUCGCCACACCAUGGAGGUGCCUCUGUCUGAGGGGGAGGGGCUGGAGGACAUGGAGGGUGAUACUGCCACUGGGUUCGUAUGUGUCGGUGAGCAUGGCCGUCAGGGGCUUUACAUCGGUGGGCAGCGAGGCCACCAAGACACAGCCAGCGGAGGCAGCGAGCAUCAUCGCUCUACCUCCUCGCCUCAACACCGUGGCGGCAGCCACCACUCCAAAGAGGUGGUGGUGAUGAGGAAGCUAGCUCUGUCGGAGCGCAGGGACUCCUUCAAGAAACAGGAGGCUGUGCAGGAAGUGAGUUUUGAUGACCUGGAGGAGAGGGAGGCGACCCCGAGCCCCACACCUCCUGUGACGCAGCCGAAGGCAUUCAAGGCGUGCUGGAUCAACACGGCCCAGGCGGAAUCCAGCGCAAAGGUGGAAGGAAGAAGAUCACAGGGUACAAUAACACAGCAGAAAGCCAAGUCAAAAGACAAAGAAGGGUUUUAGUUUUUCACUUUGCCAGGGAUAAUAGGUCAACAAAGUGAAGAGAAAUCUUUGACCUGCUACUGUACUUACAUUUGAAGGCCUUGCAUGUGUGUCCAGAAAACUGUGACCAAGUCCCAAAGUCAUCAUUAGCAACUGCUUGAAGAUGGAAGAACAAAUUCAAAUCAAUGUUUCUCAGUAAUAUAUGCAUCCUGCAACACUGUUAACGGAAUAAUGACUGCCCAACUGUGUCACUUCCUAGUUGCUUGUUUUCUCUCUUGGUUCUCAAAUCACUGUGGCACCAUUAACUGAUGUAUUUUGUAAAUUUUUUUUUUUUUUUUUGUUUUAAAUGAAGAAACUUAUUUAUGACUUUUUAUGCUCAUCUUGUGUUUUGGUUGUUGAAAAUGCCUUGGAUGCUUGGAAGCUGUUCUUAUUUCAGGAAUUGCACAAAAGAAAAAGCCACGCAACAACUUCUCAGUGUGGUUUUACAGUAGGUGCAGAAUAGAGGAGGUAACGUCAGUCAAUAUCGUACUAUACUUUGUUUUUAUAUGUAGAAGGGGUUCGCGGCUCAGGUGGUUGGCGGUGCGAUACCCAGCUCCCCAGACCCCAGGUUGUGUCAGAAAGGGCAUCUAGCGUAUAAAACCUAUGCCAAAACAACCAUGUGGACAGUGAUUCGCUGUGAUGGCGACCCCUAGCAGAAGCAGCCGAAAGACAAACCACAUUUCAUAUUAUAUACCGCAAUGCCUGCCUAGAACUAGGUGUUGUUUUGCAUUCAGAACGAGUCUUUGAAAGAGACCUACAGUGUUUGUCCUGCAACAUAUAAUGUAUCUUAGAAUUUGGAAAGGUGUUCAGUGCUGCCUCUCAGAAGAAAUCUAACAUACAGUUUGUGGUGGUGAACGUAGACUCAUCGAUCCUGAACACAGACUUCGUAUAAAGAUUUUAAAGGACAAAAUAUCAACAUCAUAACUUACAAUACUUGGAAGUCUCGCGCUGGUGCCAAAGCAUGGUUUAACCAUAGGAACCAUUUAAAAGAGGUACUGUAGUUGUACAUACGAAGCUUCAUGCAUGCAUUGGCUUUACUGCCACUUGCUGUCUAUUCUGUAAAAAAAAAAAAAAAAAAAAAAUGUGCGUCAGUGCUGGCACUCCUCUAGCAGUGGUUUAAACCACAACCUGAUCAACACACAGGUGUAUAGAUAAAGCUUUGCGACUACCUUUGGAAACCAGGCUGUUGUCUCUGUCUCCUAAUACCUUGUUGAGUCAAGCCUCCGUCCAGCUCCUUACAAACAUAGUCUAGCUGAAGUGUUUGCACAAGUCGUAGUAGCCGUAGAACAGUUAGAGCACAUUUAUAUUUCAGGACGAUCUCUUUCUCUGUGGGAUUCAAAUAUUGUACAGUGGAUGCAACAAACAAAACUGGCUUCCUUGGCUGUUUUCCUUUUUUU